AGGAGGGGGACGGAGCAGGGGGACGGAGGAUGUUGCCAGCGGUAGCGUCCUGGCCGCAGCUGCAUUGAAGAGGGGACACGGGUUCUCCCCUCGUUCUCCUUCUCGCGCCUCCGUCGCACUCGCUCGCUCCGGAUUAACUUCACCAUGGAGUCUCCGACCAAAGAGAUCGAGGAGUUCGAGAGCACUUCGCUGAAGUACCUUCAACCAGACCAGAUCGAGAAGAUCUGGCUCCGGCUCCGGGGACUGAGGAAGUAUAAGAAGACGUCACAGAGAUUGCGAUGUUUGGUGAAACAGCUGGAGAGAGGUGAAGCGUCCCUGAUCGACCUUAAGAAGAACCUCGAAUAUGCAGCCUCAGUGCUCGAGUCCGUCUACAUCGAAGAGACGAGACGGUUGGUGGACACAGAAGAUGAGCUCAGUGACAUCCAGUCGGACUCGGUGCCAUCAGAGGUGCGUGAUUGGCUGGCCUCCACCUUCACACGUCAGAUGGGGCUGAUGCUGAGGCGGACGGAGGAGAAACCACGAUUCCGUAGCAUUGUGCACGCUGUGCAGGCUGGAAUAUUCGUAGAGAGAAUGUACCGGCGGACCUCCAACAUGGUGGGCUUAAGCUACCCUCCAUCUGUCAUAACUGUGCUCAAGCAUAUAGACAAAUGGACUUUUGACGUGUUUGCCUUGAAUGAAUCGAGCGGUGAACACGGUCUGAAAUUUAUCUUCUAUGAACUCCUCACCAGAUAUGACCUCAUCAGCCGAUUCAAGAUUCCCAUCUCAGCUCUGGUUUCUUUCGUGGAGGCUUUGGAAGUGGGAUACAGCAAGCAUAAAAACCCAUAUCACAAUCUCAUCCACGCUGCAGACGUCACGCAGACGGUACACUGCUUAAUGCUGAAGACUGGCAUGGUGCACUGGAUGACGGAGUUGGAGAUCUUCGCCAUGAUCUUCGCUGCAGCAGUACACGACUACGAGCACACGGGCACCACAAACAACUUCCACAUCCAGACCAGGUCAGACACGGCGAUCCUGUACAACGACCGCUCGGUGCUGGAGAGCCACCACGUCAGCGCAGCGUAUCGCCUCCUACAGGACGACGACGAGAUGAACAUCCUCUACAACCUGUCCAAAGAUGACUGGAGGGAGUUCAGGGCUCUGGUGGUGGAGAUGGUGUUGGCUACGGACAUGUCGUGUCAUUUCCAACAAGUCAAAGCCAUGAAGAACUUCCUCCAGCAGCCUGAGGGAAUUGACAAACCAAAAGCACUUUCUCUGGUGUUACACACUGCUGAUAUCAGCCAUCCAGCCAAAAACUGGGAUCUCCAUCACCGCUGGACCAGCUCACUCCUGGAGGAGUUCUUCAGACAGGGUGAUAAAGAGGCCGAGCUGGGGUUGCCCUUCUCACCACUGUGUGACCGCAAGUCCACCAUGGUGGCUCAGUCUCAAAUCGGGUUCAUCGACUUCAUCGUCGUCCCUACAUUCACUGUCCUCACAGACAUGACAGAGAAGAUCGUGACGCCACUCAUCGAUGAGGCGACACACUCCAGCCUGGCCGGCUUUCGCAGGUCGAGUCUGAGCAGCAUUUCCACAGCAGAAACGAAGCAGGCGAACAUGAACAGUCCAGCCUCAGAGAGCAGCGCUUCCCACAACGGCUCACUGCUAGCCGUGGACCUGAAGAACUUCAAGGCCAUUUGGAACGAGCAAGUCUUUCAGAACCGCGAGAGGUGGAAGGCUCGCGCUGACAAAGAAACGGAGGAGAAGGCCAAGCGCGAGGCUGAGGAGAAGGCUCUGAUGGAGUCAGGUCAGGCAGGACAGGCAGAGCCGGGAACGGAUCAGUCAGUACCAAAGAGUGAGGGAUCAGGAAAGGAACCGGAGUCUGGGGGGACAACGAGUGGUACAUGCAGGGGUGAAAACACACCAAGCAUGGAGCCCAACAAGCAACUCCACAACGGCGAGGUUUCGGAGGAUGUGGCAUCGCCGGGAAAUGAUGAAAGUGUAGACAAAGCACUCGGAGAGACUGAAAAGGACUAGUGUGGGUGCUGUAGGAGGCAUGACUGUGCUGUUUAGGCCCCUACCUUUGCUUCCUGCUCGUGUCCUCUCGGCAGUGUGUGUGCAUGUGCGUUCUGAAGCUCCACAUCACCCUCUGCUGGAUGAACCUGCUCAUACACGUCUUGCUCAUGCUUCUUCUGCUUCCUUUGUCCAAGAAGCUUUCGAUCGCUCUCUGUGACUCCGCCCACCUUCUUCAAGGCUCGAUCAGAGCGAGGGUUGGUGCGUGAUACGGCAGUCGCUGGUUAAAUUGCCUCUCGUAGACUCUCUGUCAGUCUGUAAAAAAAGAAAAAACAAAACAAAAAACAAAAUCAGCUGCCGUCACAUUCGUUGUACUUUGUUUCUCGUCUAUUAAUUUCUCUUGGAAGAAAACUUAGAGUGCCUUUGUCUAUUAGCAGUUUAUGCUCAACUCCUCUAUUUCUUUUCGUUCUCUUUUUCCUUCUGCCGUUUUGCACGUGUCAGCGUCUUGGCUUGCUUUUCUAUUAGAAGCGGAAGCUGACUCAGGUCAUUUCUGCUCUCCUAAUGCCUCCGCUUGAUCUCUUUCAUUAUAAACUUUAUUUAUUUGCCCGCUUCCUGACUGCUCAGCAACAUCAUCCACCAAACAGCGUUUUUGUCGUACCAAUUUGCCAGCUGCUUAUAUCGCGCCACAUUACACAAAGAACUCAACUAAAGGGACUUAAUGCAUUUCAGAUAUAGUUGUUUAUUUAUAUAGAGUUCGUCAGAUGAACUAACCAAGCAGAAAUUUGCCUAAUUAACAUUUGUUGCCUUAAUAAUAAAUAGUAUUUCUAUGUUAUUUCUAUUUUCACAAAUGCAUGCCGUCUAUUAACAGUACAGUAGGUCAAAGUGACUGGACUCGUCCUAAUCUUGAAGGCAAGUGAAGCGAAUGAUAUUAUACGAAUCGUUUAAAGAUAUAGUGGUUUGGUUCAGGUAAGAAACUGUUUUGUUCCCGUUAUAACAUUUAAUUACUACAUUGUUAAUUCAUUAUGUAUUAUAGCAGGAUUAUAACAGUCACUCCCUCACCAGAGUAAAAAAAAAAAAAAAAAAACACUGGAGACUCCUUCCAUACAGAACGCUGAACCAGAUGAACAUAAUUAAAUUUUCCUUUUUGAUAAAUAAAAUUCAAGAAUGCAGGAGAAUACAUUUUUAGAAAUCAGGGACAAAGUUUCACUUAAAUUAAGUUAAAGAUUAGGAUUAGGCUUGGAAAACAUCUUGCACAUCCAUAUAAUCUAAGCUGCUACAUUUCCCAAGGCAGCACAAAUGCAUGAUCUUAUAUAAGGCUUUAAACUCCUAGACUAACACACACACUUUAGAUUUAAUCAGAUGCAAGAUUGAUGUACGUGCACAACAAACCUGCCAAAUCCUGUCUUAUGGCUUUAGACCAUUUGUAAUCCAUGACCCAGCUUUUUCCAUAAGUAGAUUGGUUAUACCAUUGCUGGUUGUAAAUAUAUUCGCUCGGAAAAAUGCUUUGGCAGUAUUUUCUAAUCAACCCUAUAAAUGUUGAUGUGUUGUGACACAAUUAGUCACACUGCAGGACAGUCAUUCACGCGGCAUGACAGUGGGUUGGACCACAGGACAGCAAGUCAUAGCAACAGGACAGUUAAUUACAGCGGGUAAUUGUCAUUCACGUCACUGAACGCUCAGUCAGAUAGUCGGUUGCAUCAUGGACAGUCAGACACUGCAUGAAAGUGGGUUGCACCACAGGACAGCCAAUCAUAGGGCAAGACAGCUAGUUACUCCACAGGACAGUCGGUCAUACAGAAGAACAGUUAGACACACCACAGGACAGUCAGUCACAACACAUCAGUCAGUUACACAACAGAAUAGUCACUUGAGUCAGUUGCUUUACAGGAUAGUCAGUCACACCACAAGACAGCCAGUCAUACAGCAAGACAGCUAGUCACUCCACAGGACAGUCAGUCAAAUCACAUCGGUGAAACAAAGACAGUUAGUAACACAAGAGGACAAUCAGUCAUCCAGCAGGAAAGACAGUCAAACUACAGGACAGUCAGUAACACUAGAAGACAAUCAGUCACCCAGCAGGACAGUCAGUCACACCACAGGACAGUCAGUCACACCAGAGGACAGUCAGUAACACCAGAGGACAGUCAGUCAAACUACAGGACAGUCAGUAACACUAGAAGACAUAUAGCAGCUUAGUCAGUAACACCAGAGGACAGUCAGUAACACCACAGGACAGUCAGUCACACCAGAGGACAGUCAGUAACACCAGAGGACAUUCAGUAACACCAGAGGACAUUCAGUAACACCAGAGGACAGUCAGUAACACCACAGGACAGGCAGUAACACCACAGGACAGGCAGUCACACCACAGGACAGUCAGUCACAGCACAGGACAGUCAAUAACACCAGAGGACGGACAGUCACACCACAGGACAGUCAGUCACAGCACAGGACAGUCAAUAACACCAGAGGACAUUCAGUAACACCACAGGACAGUCAGUAACACCACAGGACAUUCAGUAACACCACAGGACAGUCAGUCACAGCACAGGACAGUCAGUAACACCACAGGACAUUCAGUAACACCACAGGACAAUCAGUCACACCACAGGACAGUCAGUAACACCACAGGACAGUCAGUCACAGCACAGGACAGUCAGUCACACCAGAGGACAGUCAGUCAAACUACAGGACAGUCAGUAACACCACAGGACAGUCAGUCACAGCACAGGAGAGUCACAGAGCUGGAGACUUGCAUGAAAUAAGAGAACAGUAAGUUACCGAGAAGGACAGACAGUCACACACUAGUUUACUCAGUCACACCCCACAUGAUUGACUCACAUCACAGGGUAGUUUUGCACCAACUGAAUCAGUCACACUAUUGUUUGAUUGAAGUCAAUCACACAUUAGGACACUUUGUCACACCGCAGGACAGUGACUCUUUGUCCAGUUAGACAAAUAAACUGUUAGCAGCAAUGACCAUGUACAUUGUAGUUGUAAAUAAGUGUUGAUUUUAACCACACCACUGUGCAUCGUCUGCAAUAUCUAAAACGUGACGCAGUGAACUUCAACUUCUGAUACUCUGUUAUGUGAAAUACCUCCUACGCAGCCCUGUCCUUUAUCUCUUCUUUCCUCACGCCAGUAGUGUUCUCCACUAGACUCACUGACCUCUCCUAUCCUCUCUGCUGUAUAAUACUUAAAUAAUAUGCAUUUAAAAAAUAACUAACAUCAUAAUGUUGUAAAAAAAAAAAAAAAAGAUUCUGGGGCCUGAUUCGUGAUACCUUUUGUGGUCAUUUGUGGUUUCCUGGAUUCACUGUGUGUCCUUUUGUUUUAUUUCUCUACUUAUUUUCAUGUGCCCCAAAUUAGCACCUGUAAAUAAAUGUAUAGUUUAGUUUAGUUGAAAAUUUUUAUUUGUAAACUGUACACACAUAACGACUAAAUGUAUGUAUAUUAUGUUUCUUUUUCUUCUUCUGAGUUUAAUGAACAAAAUGUAAGCACUUAAUGUAGACGGUGAAAGCCAUCUUUUUUUUUUUUUAUAUCAUUUUAUGGGAAAUGAUUCAGUUUUGUGUUUCUACUGCUGUCUGUAAUCUGAAUGGAUGUGAAAUGCAUCGAACAAAAAUACGAUCUAAUGAACGGUUUUGCCGCAAUGCGACUAACAACGAAUGAGAUCCGUCGGGGUGAUGUGAGCAGGGUUUAAACACUCAAUGUUAGUUGGGUUUAAGUGAAAGCGUUAUACUCGUUCGUCUACUUUGCACGUUCCAAUGCUUUUAGAAAACCAGGUUCGAUUUUUUUUUUUGUCACUGUCAAUUUGUAGUAUGUAUUUAAUAAUAGGUACGCCUUCCUGGUACUAACACACACACACACACACACACACAUACACACACUUCCUGCGUCCUGUGUGUCUGGAGCCCUACACUGUCCCCUGUAAAGGCAAACCACAGUAACUAUGUUAACUGAGAAAAGAAAAACAUAUGAAAAAAAAAUAUAUA